AUGUGGGAGCUGGACGCAAAGCACUUCCGCGAGCUGGUCAUGGCCUUUGCGGCAGGAGGCGCUUGCCUCAUGGCGAUCUUCGGCACCUUCCGCGGCUGGUCCCAGGGCGCUGCUCGCACGGACGGGAGCGCAUCAUCUCGCACGAUCUCUAGAGCGGGCGGGAACGCUCCCGCGGACACAUCCAAUGGCGAGUAUUUCUUGGUGGCCGACGAGCACGAGACGGAGCUGCCCUGGGCCCCUCGGCACAUGGAGCACAUGGAGAUGGAGGACCUCAGCUGA